CGCCGCCUGUCCCUUCAGCCGCCGAGUCGCCCGGCGCGGACGCGCGUGCCAGGGGCCGUGGGGGCUCGGGGAGAGCGGGUCCAGGGCCGGGGCUGCGACCCCCGACUCAAGCUCCUCAGGCUCCGCCCGCGACCCCCGACCCAGGUCCCCCAGGCUCCACCCCUCACCCCCAACCCAAGUUCCCCAGGUCCUAGCUGCAACCCCUGGCCCAGCCCAGGCCCACCCAUAUGGUGCCUGAGGGGCACCUCGAUUUCCUCAUCUGGAAAAUGGGACCAGGAAGCCCCUACCUCGCCGGGUUGGAGUAAAAUUUUGUACGAUGACUCGUGGAAAAUUCUAGGCAUGAGUAGAAUAAUCAAAACUGCCAGUGUCUGACUCCUGCUCAGUGUCAGGCGCUGUUAGAAGCACUUUAUUUCAGUCACUGAGUCUUUACAGCAACCCUGUCAGGUUGAUACUUUUACAAACCCCAUUUUACGGAUGGAGAAACUGAGGCUCAGAGGGAGGAAGUAAUUUGCCCAGACUCACGCAACUAGGACGUAGUCAGGAUUCGAACCCAAGCCCUAAGUCCUGGGCCAAUGGGAUCUUGACACCAAGAACCAGAUUUCUAGAAAUCCACCCUGGAGCCCCACUGGUGCCGUUUACUGGGCUGACAAAACCAUCUUACGACCCCCAGCUCCUUUAAACUUAGUAUUCGCUCUGUGUGAACACGUCUCACUUGUUGUUUCAUUCGUAGCAACCCUGGAAAGUCAGCCCUGUCUUCUUUACAGACAGACGCUACUCUUUGGAUGCCUCUUACUCUUGGGGGGGGGCUCACCUGGGCUGGCACAGCCCCCGACAUCUUCGCAGGAGAGCCCCGUGGUCCCUCUUCCAGGCUCUGCGGGACCGGACCGUGAGUCAGCGCGUCUUGUCGUCUUGUCACCUUUCCCAGAGUGAGGGUGAGGAGCAGUAGCCUGCUCCCAAGAUGGGUGAAAGGAAAGGCGUGAACAAGUACUACCCUCCAGAUUUCAAUCCGGAAAAGCAUGGCUCCCUCAACCGGUACCACAACAGCCACCCCCUUCGGGAGCGGGCUCGGAAGCUGUCACAGGGCAUCCUCAUCAUCAGAUUCGAGAUGCCGUACAACAUCUGGUGUGACGGCUGCAAGAACCACAUCGGCAUGGGUGUUCGUUACAACGCAGAAAAGAAGAAGGUUGGCAAUUACUAUACGACCCCAAUCUACAGGUUCCGGAUGAAGUGCCACCUCUGCGUCAACUACAUCGAGAUGCAGACGGACCCGGCCAGCUGCGACUAUGUCAUCGUGAGCGGCGCCCAGCGCAAGGAGGAGCGCUGGGACCCGGCGGACAACGCGCAGGUGCUGACCACAGAGCACGAGAAGAAGCAGAAGCUGGAGACGGAUGCCAUGUUCCGUCUGGAGCACGGCGAGGCCGACCGCAGCACCCUCAAGAAGGCCCUGCCCACCCUGAGCCACAUCCAGGAGGCCCAGAGCGCCUGGAAGGACGACUUUGCUCUCAACAGCAUGCUGCGGAGAAGGUUCCGGGAAAAGAAAAAGGCCAUCAAGGAAGAGGAGGAGCGGGACCAGGCACUGCAGGCUAAGGCCAGCCUGGCCAUCCCGCUGGUGCCGGAGACGGAGGACGACCGCAGGCUGGCCGCCCUGCUCAAGUUCCACACGCUGGACUCAUACGAGGACAAGCAGAAGCUCAAGCGGACGGAGAUCAUCAGCCGCUCCUGGUUCCCCUCGGCCCCGGGCUCCAGUGCCAGCUCCAGCAGCAAAGCCAGCAGCGUCCUGAAGAAGCUGGUCCAGAACCGCAGACCCACCCCCGCCAGCUCCCCCAUCACUGUGGGGGACCUGGGCAUCGUGCGGCGGCGGUCCAGGGAGGUCCUGGAGGGCCCCCAGCAUGCCGCUGACACCCCCAAGUCUGGGGAAGCGCGGGUGCCUGAGGGGAUGGCCCAGGGCAGGCCCGCAUCUCCCAGAGACUGUUCUCAGGACACAGCCAAGAACCCCCAGACCAGUGGGCUGCAGGGGCAGGAAAGAAGCACGCAUGACAGGCCGCUGACCCCACCAGGCUCAUCCCGGGAGGCAGCCGACAGCCCGGACACCCCACACCCCUCCAGCCUCAGCUCCUCCCUCGUAGCGGACUACUCUGACUCGGAGAGCGAGUGAUGCCAGGACUCGAUUGCUCGGAGGCCUUGGCACACCCGGGAGGCCCCUUGCUCACUUGCCCAGCAGCCCUCGGAGAGCUCAGAUGCCACCAUCCCCUCCCCAGACCUGCCUUCCCACCGCCAGUGGAAUUGUUAUUUAUUUGGUCCUGGUGAGGGUGUUUGUGCCUUGUGGGACCCCACCCUUCCCCCAGACAUCCCUUUUAAAUUAAAGCCCUGCCUCUUUA